AGAGAGUGAAAUAGUAGGGUGAUCAAACUCAGUGGGGGGAGGAUACACACCAGAUUGCGUGUUUUCAGCAGAUAGGUUUAUUAGAUCAGUUUUCACUGAAACACUGGAGAAAAUGUUUCAGAUGUUUGUUUUGUUCAGUUUGUGUUGGUGGAGUCUGACUGGUGUGUUUGGUGAUUCAGUGUCAGUGAUGGAGGGAGAUUCUGUCACUUUAUACACUGAUCUUACUGAAAUACGUGAAGAUGAAGACAUACUGUGGAAAUAUGGAGCUGAAAACUCUCUGAUAGCUGAAAUCAGUAGAGCUGCGGGAAUCUUCUCUACGUCUAACAGUCCUGAUGAGAGAUUCAGAGACAGACUGAAGCUGGACAAUCAAACUGGAUCUCUGACCAUCACAAACAUCACAACUGAACAUGCUGGAGUUUAUAAACUACUGAUAAGUGGAGCGAAACGAUCAUCAAAAACAUUUAGUGUUUCUGUCUAUGCUCCUCUGCCCACUCCUAACAUUACCAGAGACUCUUCACAAUGUUCUUCAUCAUCAAAUUGUUCAUUGUUGUGUUCAGCUGUGAAUGUGAGUCAUGUGACUCUCUCCUGGUACAAAGGAAACAGUUUAUUGUCCAGCAUCAGUGUGUCUGAUCUCAGCAUCAGUCUCUCUCUACCUCUGGAGGUGGAAUAUCAGGAUAAAAACACCUACAGCUGUGUGCUGAACAAUCCCAUCAGCAACCAGACUCAACAUCUGGACAUCACUCAGCUCUGUCACACAUGUGCAGAUCAAGGUCUACCUUUAUUGUACAUAGUGUUGAUCUCUGCUGCUGCUGGAUCUCUGUUGAUUGUAGCUGCAGUCGCGAUAUGCUGCAUCUGCAGGAGAUGUAGAAAAACAGUUCAGAUCCAGGAGGAAGACGGAACUGAUUCAGCAUUGUGUAAACCAACAACACGAAAAACGAAAUCUAAGACGGAGUCUGUGUAUGAAAAUGUCCCCAGAAGACGAUGAUCUUUAUCUACUAGAACUGAUGUCAGAGCUCACACUGGACCUUGUCUCACACCUUUUGGUUUUGCUCACGUUUAUUCCCUGUUUUCACUUCGUGUGUGUUGGAAUUUUAAAAUUUUGUUGUAAUUUAGUUUGUGCCCAUAGCAUAUCAUCCAUAAACUCAACUAAAAUGUUAUAUUUUUAGUUUAUCAUAUAGAAAUGUAACUUUCAUUAGUAAAUAUUGAUUCCACCCUU